AUGAUGCUGCUGCUGAUGACGAUGAUGAUGAUGAUGAUGAUGAUGAUGAUGAAGUGACACAAUGCCUUUGUGGCUCAGUAACAUUGUAAAGUGAUGGGCUGUGGGAUGAGCAAAGUACUGCCCGAGCCGCCACCUAAAGACGUCCACUUGGAUCUCGUCAAAACCGUGGAGCCCUACACUGGGCAAAACGACGACAAAUACAAGCACUUUAUUAAAGAUGACGCCAUCAAGAGCGGAGGCAAAACAGGUCCACCGCCCCCACCUCAUCACACUAACGCGUACCAACAGAGCGCUCAUUGGGAGCAGCAGAGUGAUCCGAGGAGGAACAAGGUGGCCAAAUACCGGGCCAAGUUUGACCCCAGAGUGACUGCAAAAUAUGAUAUUAAGGCACUGAUUGGCAGAGGGAGUUUUAGCAGAGUGGUCAGAGUAGAGCAUAAAAGCACCAAACAGCCUUACGCGAUAAAACUGAUCGAGACAAAGUACAAGGAGGGCAGGGAAGUGUGCGAGUCUGAGCUGAACGUCCUCAGAAGAGUGAGGCACAUAAACAUAAUACAGCUCAUUGAAGUGUUUGAGACUCAGGAGAGAGUGUACAUGGUGAUGGAGUUGGCGACUGGAGGUGAACUUUUUGACAGGAUUAUAGCCAAAGGCUCAUUUACUGAAAGAGAUGGCACCAGAGUGCUACAGAUGGUUCUCGAUGGAGUGAAAUAUUUGCAUACCCUGGGCAUCACACACCGAGACCUGAAGCCUGAGAACCUGCUGUAUUAUCACCCAGGUGCCGAGUCAAAAAUCAUGAUUACGGAUUUUGGGUUAGCAAGCACUCGAAAGAAAGGGGACGACUGUCUCAUGAAGACCACCUGUGGCACCCCUGAGUACAUCGCGCCAGAAAUCCUUGUGAGGAAACCAUACACAAACUCUGUUGACAUGUGGGCUCUGGGUGUCGUUUCCUACAUUUUGCUAAGCGGAACUAUGCCUUUUGAAGAUGAUAAUCGCACACGAUUAUACCGACAAAUAUUGAAGGGCAAGUACAGUUACUCAGGAGAGCCGUGGCCCAGUGUUUCAAACCUAGCCAAGGAUUUUAUAGACCGAUUGCUUACAGUGGAUUCCAGUGAGAGGAUGACUGCAGGUCAGUCCUUGAAACAUCCUUGGAUAGUAAGUAUGGCAGCGUCGUCCUCUAUGAAGAAUCUGCACCGUUCCAUCUCGCAGAACCUUUUGAAGAGAGCUUCAUCUCGAUGCCAAAGCACCAAGUCAGCACAGUCCACAAGGUCCAGCAGGUCCACAAAGUCCAACAAGUCGCGGAGAGUACGAGAGCGGGAACUGCGGGAGCUCAAUCUACGCUAUCAGCAACAGUACGAAGGCUGACGAGGGACCUGGGACACUUUGGUGUAACGCUGUCUGUCUCCCACAGUGCACUUUCUCUGCAUGUAAUGCUCUCCAGGUGACAAUCACCAUGGACUUGGUGAGUCUGUGACUCGAGGAGUUGAUGUGAGCCACUUUCUGCCAGUCAAACAUUCCUCUGUUCUCGUUUCAAAGGGGGAAACUUUUCAAAUGUACAACUGUGGUCCAAAUAGCACCGGAAACAAUGGUGGAAAACAUUGAGCCAUUGAUAUGUUUUUCAAUGAAAUUAGUCAAAUGCAAAUAGAUCGAUGAAAGAGGACUGUAUGUAAAGGGACCAUUAAACAGAGUAAGUUCAGAAUGGGGUGGUCUCAACACAGUUAGAAGGGACUUGAAUGCUGAACCUUGCUUUUGUUUUGAUUACUUUUGAUAACCUCCUGGUUCGUUCCAUUUGUGUUAGUACAGUAAUUGCAUUGCGACUUCGUUCGCGGAGUGAUAUCAGCAACGUGUCUUGCACAUGCCUAGCGUGCAGGAAGUGAUGUAUGCCUUGACCUGAUGACCCAGAAGUUGGCCUUUUUUUAAGCAUCGAAAGCUGGAUGUGCCAUGCUUUUCCAGUUAGCCCGGGUCCUCAGUGAACAGUGUACUUGAGGGCAUCUGUAUAUGCUGCUCAAAGGCUGUGUUUUCUUUGGAAGGAUAAGGAAACAAGAGUGUAUUGCUCAGUUUAAACCCAAGUUUUAUGUGUAAGUGUUAAUUGUGAGAUCCGACUAUAAUAUUUGGGAACAAUAACAAAAAAAGUUUUUUUAUACGAGUUAAAAACAUGUUUCUUCCUUCAGGCCUUUGUACAAUGUUUCCUGGGUGAGUGGGUUGAGUUCGCUGGUGACCUGCUGUAAGGGAUCUGCUGUUCUUAAGCCAAAUUGUUAGCCGGUAUGGAACGGCAGCUCAGAGCGAUUAAUUCUUCAGUUUCCACCCUUCUGGGGUAGUGCCUCUCUUCCUGCUGCUGGUAAAAUGAGCAUGUGGGCCCACUUGUCCAUUGACCCAGUGUGGAUUAGUUUGCACUUUAUCACAGGUUAAGCCAAAGCACUUGUCUUGAACACAUUGCAGUAAGCGUGGUUGCUGUGCAUGUUCGUAUCUAUUUUCGUAUUGAAAAAAAGUUCGAUAUUAACUGGAUUAAUAAUAAACUAUAAAGAAGACCGUUGUUCUUCUACUUCAACAAAAUACCACUUAAUUUAAGGUGUCCUCGGACACGCCAAGCUGCUUGACACUGUAAAAGGGGAUCAAUGUUACACACAACAGACAUUUUGUCAAUUUGAGACCGUUCUCUCUAGGUCAUCUCUCUUUUCAUCCACCCACUACCGCCACACUUCCUCCGUUACCUCCUUCCUGCACCCCCCUUCCCCUUCCCUCUUCCUCUGGUUGAUGGUAAUGAUUCCAUCUUUUGCCUUAUUUUAGGUGAAAUGGAAAAAGUUGUUGAAGCUAUGAAAAUACAUUAAAUCCCCUAGAUUUCAUCCCCCCCUCCCCGCCCC